GUGCUGAUCGAUGAGGUUAAGGCCAAGUAUAAAACUGUUACGCCGGGCUGAUCACGCUUUCAUUAAUUGACUGGAACGUGCCCGGGAACGAUCAGCUCGGUCCGCGUGCGGAAGUGCCCUCUCCACCCCCGAAAGGUCGAGUCAACGUCGAGAUGAAGCUGCUGCUGGCUGUCAGUUUCCUGGUCAUUCUGGGCUUCCCCUACGGCCGUUCGUUUGUGGCCCCGGUGUUAAGUGUUUGCUCUCGGAAUGACCCCAAUCUGGAGCAGUGCAUCAUCAACGUGGUCGAGCGGAUCAAGCCCAAUGUGGCCGCGGGGGAUUACGGCGAUGGCCGAGCUGCCCCCAAGAUGGAUCCGGUGUUCUUCAAGCGGCUGGACAUCACCAACGGGCCGGGACUGCAACUGAAUCUGACCGACGUGACCAUCGCCGGAAACAGCAAGUUUGAGGUGAAGCGAAUCCGGUACAACCUGGACCAGCGGCAGUUCAACAUUACGGCGGUCAUUCCGACGCUGACGAUCGACGGGCAGUACGACCUCAGCAUGAACAUUUUGCUGAUGCGGGCCGUCGGAAAGGGCGACUUUCAUCUAACGUUGACCGACACGGUGGCCAACCUCAAGAUGGAAUACCAGGUGGUCCCACGCGGGGGCAAGAACUACGUCCGGUUUAACCCGAUCGAGAUGAAGUUGCGCUUCCCGAAGGCGCGGUUCGACCUGACCGGGCUGUUCAACGGCGACAAAGAGCUGGAGGCGUUUGGAAACCGGGCGAUCAACGAGAAUCCAAACCUGCUGCUGGACGAGGUGAAGCCGGUCUUUGAGAAGCAGCUGGCGCGGAUCUUUACGGAUAUUUCGAACAGUGUUGUCGAGGGUGCUGAGGAGUCGGAGCUGCUGCCACCGUGAGAGAAUUGACUAAGGUAUUUUAAAUAAAUUAAAAUGAUUAGAAUUGUU